GCGCACAAGAACAUCCUGGCGGCCAGCAGCGCCUACCUCAAGGCACUGGUGGUGCACGACAACCUCAUCAACCUGGACCAUGAGAUGGUGAGCCCGGGCGUCUUCCGCCUGGUGCUGGACUUCAUCUACACCGGCCGCCUGGGUGAGGGCGAGCCGGGCGGCGAGCCCAGCCUGGGGGCCGUGCUGGCCGCCGCCAGCUACACGCCGGCGCUGCCGCCCCGGCACGACAGCCCCCCAGGCAGCGCUGCCCUCCUGGCUGCCCACGGCACUGCCUACCAGGAGACCUCGCCAGGCGGCGACCCCCCCGACCACUUCCGUGGCAGCCCGCCCAGCGCCGAGCCCCCCGGGCGAGCUGAGGGCCGUGAGCUGCUCUACCGCUGGAUGAAGCACGAGCCUCUGAGCAGCUACCUGGAUGAGUGCGAGGCCGACAAGGAGGCCGAGCGGGAGGACAAGGGUGAGGGCUCACCGGCACCUGCCCCGACCCGCUAUGCCAGUGUGGAGAGCCACGACUUGGAGCCUGAUCCCAGCACCAGCGAGGAGACGGGCAGCAGUGAAGGCCCCUCUCCCACCGACCCGCUGGACCGCUACUGUGGCCACCUGGCCUAUGAACCCGAGAGCCUGGGCGACAACCUGUAUGUGUGCAUCCCCUGUGGCAAGGGCUUCCCCAGCUCGGAGCAGCUCAAUGCCCACGUGGAGGCCCACACUGAGGAGGAGCUGUACCACAAGGCGGGUGCCGAGCCGCCCGGGCCCUUCCUGGACAAGAGCAGCCCUGGCCUGGGCGACAUCUUGCGGCCCUACCGCUGCGCCUCCUGCGAUAAGGCCUACAAGGACCCGGCCACGCUGCGGCAGCACGAGAAGACCCACUGGCUGACGCGCCCCUACCCCUGCACCAUCUGUGGCAAGAAAUUCACGCAGCGCGGCACCAUGACACGCCACAUGCGCAGCCACCUGGGCCUCAAGCCCUUUGCCUGCGAUGCCUGCGGCAUGCGCUUCACCCGCCAGUACCGCCUCACGGAGCACAUGCGCAUCCACUCCGGCGAGAAACCCUACGAGUGCCAGGUGUGCGGCGGGAAGUUCGCGCAGCAACGCAACCUCAUCAGCCACAUGAAGAUGCACACGGCCGGGCCCGACGGCAAGCCCAAGCUGGAGCUGCCCGACAGCCUCUAUGCCAUGGCCCGCCUGCCGCCCGACCAGCUGGGCCUUCAGCCGGACAAGGUGGCGGAGCUGCUCUCCCACACCCACUUCCUCAGCGACCCCAAGGCCAUGGAGAGCCUCUAUCCACUGGCCAAGUUUACGGCCGAGCACCUGGGGCUGAGCCAGGACAAGGCGGCUGAGGUGCUGGGCCAGGCCCCGCACCUUCACCUUGAUGCUGCCCGGACCAUAGAUCGCUACUCGCCCACCUAGCGGCUGCCCGCACCCGUGCCCUGUGCCCGCCGGAGCCGCAGAGGCCACACUGGCUGGGCCUCUCCGCACCACUGCCCCUCGGUCCCCCCUCUGGGGCCUUUUGGGGGUGACAGCCAUAGCGGGGGCUGUGAUCGCCUGGCAGCUGGUUCCUAGGAGCCGGAGGGACCUACCGGAUGGCACUGGACGUGCAGAGCAGCAGGUGGAUGGUGGGAGCAGCCCCCACCAGUCUGACCCCUUCUCCAUCGCGGUGGUUGCCCUGAGUGGGUGCUGGAACCGGUGACUGGGCAGAAGCCUGCCACCUACCUCGGGAGCCCAGCGCCCGUCUCCUGGAGCUCCUGCCCUGAGCCAUGCCCCUGCUGAGAACGAGCCCUGCUGUGCCCACUGCAUUCGUCCCCUCUGCCCUGCCCAGGGGAGACCCCCAAGCAGCCGGGCCCCUGGGCGGCGGCAGGCAGGGGUGCCCGGAGAUCUGGGGAUUCUGCUGCUGCAGCUACAGGUCCCCAUUUCUCUGUGAGAAUGACCUCCCCGGGUCACGGGAGGGAGGGCCCUGCCCACGGCAGCAGUUGUCUUGCUGCUGGAUUUCCCCUCUGGGCAUCAGGACUGGGACUCGCAGGGUCUGUGCUGGAAGCACCGCACCCCAGAGCCGGCAGACCCCAGGCCUGACCACCUCACCAACUUCUGUGCCAGCCGCUGAGCCUGUGCGCUCUGCCUGGGAGCCAGAGGACAGUGGGGUUAGCUAUGUCCCCAGCCCUUCCCAGCACCCAUGGCCCCUCCAGGCCACUCACCAAAGACCCUCUCUCUGUAGCCCUAGGGCUCACCUGCCCCCGGAAACCAAAGCACUCACCAGGGUGGGGGGAGGAGAGGCCCCAUCGCUGCCUGCACUCAGGGACAACCCCUGGGCCCUGCUGACCCAGGCCGGGCCUGGCAGCCUCAGAGAAGCGCUGUGGGGGCAACGCCCAAGUCACCUGCCCCAGAGGGAGCUUUUCUGCAGCCCCUGACCCUGCAUCCGAGGCAGGGCCCGUCCCCAGACUGAGCCCCUGGGAACCCCCAGCAGUUCUUCAUGGUGGGGCACUUGGCCCACGGUGACUCGCUGCUGCUGGGGGCAUGGGGGAGCUGGGCAAGGCAGGGAGCUCCUGCUUACAAUCCCUUGCUGGGCUCCUUUCUUCCCCGUCCCCGGCUGCGCUGCCGAGAGAGCUGUGCCCAGCCAUUGCUGCCGUGCACGAGCUGUCCGUGUCCUGAGCGGUGGCAGGGGAAUCCGUGCUGCGGGCUAUGGUCAGUCAGACAGGGCCAGGCUUGCCCAGGCACUACUGGAAGGGUCCGUCCCUGUGGAGGGCAGGAGCGGGGUGGCACAGGGCAUCGGGCUCAGCCUUCUCCACUCACCCGUGGAGCUGCCCUGGCCCGGGGCUGUGACAAAGACAAAGCGAUCUCGUUUGUCAGCUACUUCCAUGCGGGAGGGACGAGCACUGGGCAGGAGAGGGCAGGCAGACGGUGCCUCUGCUCUCCGGCCGGCUUGGGUCGGCCACUCCAGGGGCAACGGCACGAGGGGGGCACGCAGCCAGCGCCCCCGUACAGCAGUGCAGCUGGCUGUCCCCAGGCUGAGCCGCGCUGGCUUCAUGGCGGUAGCUCCCCUGUGCCCCGGGGAGA